UAACUCUGUCUGUUCGUCACCCUCACAUGUUCUACUUUAACGAUACAAUAAAGAAACUGUUUACCACCCACGAAAUGGUUGUGGCUCCAUCAGUGACAGUCUCUUUUGAGAAGAUUCUCACAGUCCCCGAUUGGUGGGACUAUUUGGUAUACAACUUUAUAAAAACAUUGCACGGAGAUAUGACUCAAACUAAUCCAGAUAAUAACAUGGAGCCAAAUGAAACUAAAACCAGUAGAAACAACGCUGAAUCGUUGAGACGGGCCAGCAAGGCUCACUGGAAUGUGGAGGAUGGAUAUGUAGACCGCGAUGAUGAUGAUCAAUCCCACAAACAGAACCAGGAUUUCGAACCACGGCUGCAUGAUGUCGUCUUUGAAGAUAUCGGUGGGGUCGCCAAGCCUGAAAACCUCGACCUUGGCGAACAAGCUGUCGACACCAAAAGGGGUCCGGGUGGUUCGGGUGGCUCUUCCAGUGGUGGAGGAUGGGGUGGAAACAGCUCCCAAAAGGUCUCCCAUCUUCAGGGUCGUGUAUUUCUGCUGGAGAACCUUUUGCUCGGUCCCCCGCGCCUUCGGCAGAUUCGAGUUCGAAGGAGUUGCCAUGUGAACGAAGACUUCGUGCGACACUUUAACACCUGCUACGCCGCCUAUUCAGCGGGAAUCGAGGAGAAAACCGGGUUGCACAAAGGUACACAAUACCAUACGAUGGGCGAACUGGACGCCACUCCGAUUUGGACAGUACUGGCAUUCUAUCGUACUGGUGGGUACAUUGCUGAUCUUACCUAUGAUAAGGAUGACAGUCUGAAAAAGAUAAAUAAACUGAGCGACGAUAAUUGGCUGGAUCGCGGCUCAAGGCUGUGUUUGGUGGAGUUUAAUCUGUACAACGAGAACACGGACAUCUUUCAGAGCGUCAAGUGGACUUUAGCCGAAAUCCCCCCCACGGGAGGUGUGAUGCCGCAGACGCAUAUGCAAACUGUUAGGCAGUAUUCUUUCUACGAUCGCAGUCUGGCUAUGACUGUGGUGUAUAUAUUUUGGUAUAUCAUGGUCGCUUACUAUACUAUCUAUGAGAUUAAUGGUCCGCAGUCAGGGUGUAAAAUUUACUACAAAUCGUUGCUAAAUGUUCUUGACAGUAUUGUAUUAGUGCUUUGCUACCUGGCCUUGGUCUACAACGUCUGGCAUACCUUCCAAGUUCAAUCCCUUACAUCCAAGGCCGAGGUGGAAGAAGGUUAUCAAAGUAUCGAUGUUCUUUGCUUCGUGAACAUCAUCUAUGUGGAUAUGAUGGCCAUUUUAGCGUUUCUUGUAUGGAUAAAAAUAUUCAAGUUUAUCAGUUUCAACAAAACUCUUGUUCAGUUUACAACUACAUUACGAAGGUGCUCCAAAGAUUUGGCUGGCUUCAGUCUUAUGUUUGGCAUUGUUUUCUUGGCCUACGCUCAACUGGGUCUCCUUCUUUUCGGAACCAAGCAUCCAGAUUUUCAUAACUUCCUCACCUCAGUCUUGACCAUGAUCCGCAUGAUCUUGGGCGACUUUCAGUAUAAUCUCAUUGAGCAGGCAAAUCGAGUGCUGGGUCCCAUUUACUUCCUUACCUAUAUUCUACUUGUAUUCUUUAUAUUGCUGAACAUGUUCCUGGCCAUAAUCAUGGAAACUUAUAACUCGGUAAAGAUGAAAUUGCAAGGCGCAGUCAAUUGGGCUCAUAUAUCUAUAAGAAGCUGGCUGGGGCUCUUUACUGGAUCAUCCACUGUGGCCGAAAAGCGACGUGUUCAGCCUGCCCGCCUCACUGCUGCUGCCAAUGAGGCUGAUCUGGAUGGCACGAACGUAGAACUGGAAGAGCCUAAAGUUCUAACAAACAUUACCCAACAGAGUAUAUUAAUUGAUUUGACGAAUCGCGUAACACUGAUUGAAGAAAUUAUAGAACAGCUGGUUACAAAUAUGGAUGAUGUACUAAAACGCAUCGAGAGAGAGCAAGGCUCAAGAAAAAACUAG